AGCCGGCGGGAGCGGCGGCGCCAUGUUGCGGGCGGGAGGAGCCGUGUCCCGCGGUUACGGGGCCGUGGAGGCGAUUAGAGCCCGUAGGAGGCAGCAGGAUUGGGCUCUGAGGAAAGCAAGGAGGGAGACGCAACUCGUCAGUAAGAGAUUGUUGAGGGAGCUUCAAGAUGAUGGAGAGGAGAUGGAGACGAGAGAGCCCUCGGUCACUCAGGAAGAGGUGUCGCAACUAUACCAGAGGAUUCAGCAUGGAUCAGAAGAUCGGCUUGCUGCCUUACAAUCCCUGUGCCAAUUACUGCACCUGGCAGAGGCACAGAAGAUGUUUGUCAGUUUGGAGAACAGUAUCCAUGUUCUUAUUGGACUCUUCACCAGCAACCUCGCGUCGGUUCAACUCAAAGCCGCACAAUGUUUGCUCCGGCUCUCCCAUGCCGACGAUCCCAACGUCUCGCUGGUGUGUUUGCCGGCAACACCGUAUCUGCUGACGUACCUCUCCGGACAGAGUGCUAAGUUCACAGAGCAGUGUCUAUAUAUCCUCGGCAAUCUGGCAGCGGAGAAUAAGGCUGUUCGGAAUCAGCUGCUGCUGCAAGGUGUGGUCCAAGCACUGGCCGGCUGCCUGCAGUCACCUCAUGGAGCUGUGGUGGAGGCGGCUGCUUAUUCACUUUCACAAUUGCUGCAGGCCAAGGAGGCGAGAGAGAAGAUUGUGCCUGCGGUUCUGGAAGCGAGCCUGACGCCACGUUUGAUCGAAUUGCUGGAUCUGGAUUCUGAACUGGGGAUGCCCACGGCCGUGGAGUGUGCCUGGUGCCUGCACUACAUCGUGAGUAGCGGUGUUGCCAGUGAGUGUGUGAUCUCCCAGGGCAUCCUGCACCAAGCUGUAACGCUGCUGAUAGCUUUGGGCCGAGCCAUUGAUUCCGGCGCUACAACAGAUGGUGUGGAAUUGCUGAUUUACCCGGUGGUCCGGUGUUUGGGGAACCUGACUGCAAGCCGCGACGCGACUCCACUGGCCGACUGCGGACUGCUGCCCGCGCUGAGCUCGAUCAUCAGCAAGUUCCUGCCGACGCAGCCCUCCGUCUCUCGGGAAUGCCUCUGGCUCCUCAACAACCUCACCGUUGGCGAAGAACGAUUCUGCUCUGCCUUCCUCAAGUAUAAUCUGGUGCCAGUGUUACUCCAACUUAUCCCCUUUUGUGGAGGCAUAAACACGCUGGUCCUGACGCUGUUGGGCAACAUUGCAGAGAUGGGGCCGGAGCUCUGUGAGAAACUACUGCAGCAUCGGGAGAUAUUUUCUGCCCUCUGCACCUCCAUGAGGACGGCUGAUACAGAGGCCGUGCGCUUGGCUCUGGAAGUACUGCACCUCAUCCUCAUGCACUGUGCACAGGCCUGUGUGGAGUUUGCAAAUCAAAAUGGGGUAGAGGCGCUUGAAGCGAUUCAGUACAACAGCAACAAGGAAAUCAGUGUCCGAGCCAAUUUUCUAAUGGACAGAUACUUCGCAGACAAGGCAGUUUGACAAGCUGCUACUGGCGGCCAGAAUAGUAAUGAAGUUCAUUUGAAGGUGGAAUAAUGGAGAUGAGCUCUCUUUACCUCUCCCGUUCCCGGGGGUCCGAGAUGUUCCCUCACCUCUCAGCCUCUGCGUCGCUUGAAGAAUAUGGACGCUCGCCAGUGUUUGGGUUGAUGGACAACUUCCCUUCAUCUCCAGAGGCCCUUUUCCACUCCGACAGAUGCGUCAAUUGCUUGCCGUAUGGCCAUGUUCUCCAGAGAUGCUGCCUGACCCGCUGGCUUGCUCCAGCACUUUGUGCCUUUUUGUUUCCUAAGCCAGCAUCUGCGGUUCCUUGUAGUUCCAGUACAAGGCGGCACAGAUA